UCCCCCGCCCCAUCCCACUAAUAGUUCCCACCACACUUCUUUCUAUUAUUUUUCUCUAGAUACCAAAAAUAAUAUAUGGUAUAUAGAUAUUUGUGCUCAUUCUCAAAGGUAAUAAGACAUUUUUGAAAAAAAAAAAACUCUGUAGUAAAUGGGCCGGGUGAUGGAUACUCCGACCCACUGUAAUCGAAAGCUAAAAGAAACCUGGGUAUGGCCCCGGAGGACGGAGGUGAUGAUAGAUAUAUUAGAUAGAUGGCGAGGAUGAUACAUAGCGGAGUACAUGGGGCGAAGAAGCUUCUGAACCGCUCCGCCGACUCACGCGCCGUCAUCCAUUCGACGACGCCGCAGCUGAAGAAGCUACCCUUUACCACCUCCAACGGCGGCCCAGCAGCCACAGAUAGAGAACAUCAAACACUCCACCAUGUUCUUAAAUCCUGCAAACUCACUUUGGAUUCCGCAACUGCAAUUCAAACCCAUGCUAGAAUCAUUACACGUGGAUAUGGCACAUACCCUUCUCUCCUUGCUUCCCUUCUAGCUGUUUAUAAGCGCUGUGGUUGUGUCACUCUUGCUACUCAACUUGUCGAUCACAUUUUCAAUUGUGCUAAUGGUAUCAACUUUUUGAAUCUCGUUAUCGAAAGCCUAAUGAGGAAUGGGGAAUGUGACAUUGCCAAGAGGGUGUUCCGAAAAGUCCCUUGCCCGGAUUUAGUAACUUGGAACACUGUCAUUGGAGGUUGUGUUCGAAAUGAGCGUUUUCAGGAGGCAUUGGGGUUGUUCUGGAAGCUGUUGAGCUCGGAUUUGGAACCGGAUGGGUUCUCGUUUUCGUCUGUUAUCACUGCAUGCGCCCGGCUUGGAGCGCUGCAUAAUGCGCAGAGGGUGCAUUGUCUGAUGAUGAAGAAGAGAAUUGAGCUGAAUUUUAUUCUGAGUGCAGCUCUUAUAGACAUGUACUCAAAGUGUGGUAGAGUGCAGACUGCUAGAGAGAUUUUUGGUGCUGUCCAGCAUAAUGAUGUCUCGGUUUGGAAUGCGAUGAUUAAUGGAUUGGCGAUUCACGGGCUUGCUUUGGAUGCAAUCGAGAUAUUCUCAGAGAUGGAGAUGGAUAAUGUGUUACCUGAUUCAAUAACUUUUGUUGCCCUUCUGAAAGCUUGUGGUCAUUGUAACUUGGUGGAAGAGGGUCGCAAGCACUUUGAUUUGAUGACACGUCGGUACUCAAUUCAGCCAGAAAUUGAGCAUUACGGAGCCAUGGUUGAUCUCUUGGGUAGAGCUGGGCUUCUAGAAGAGGCUUAUGCAACUAUAAAGGCCAUGGAAGUGGAGCCGGAUGUUGUUAUAUGGAGGGCACUUCUCAGUGCCUGUAGGACUCAUAAAAAUCCAGAACUUGGAGAAGUUGCCAUUGCCAAUAUAUCCCGUCCCAAGAGUGGAGAUUAUGUGUUGCUUUCAAAUACUUAUUGCUCUAUAAAGAGGUGGGAUAGUGCAGAGAGAGUGCGAGAAAUGAUGAAGAAACAGAGAGUUCGUAAAAAUCAAGGGAAGAGUUGGCUUGAGUUGGAAGGUAUGAUCCACCAAUUCAGGGCUGCUGAUCAGACACACCCCGAAAUCAAAUCAAUAUACAGAGUGUUGGAAGCAUUGAUCCAGCGGACCAAGUCGGAGGGCUUUAUGCCUGUGACAGAGUUGGUUUUGAUGGAUGUAUCCGAAGAGGAAAAAGAGGGAAAUUUGAAUUGUCACAGUGAAAAGCUGGCGUUGGCCUAUGGAAUCCUAAAAACAAGUCCUGGAACAGAAAUCAGGAUCUCAAAAAACCUUCGGAUCUGUCAUGAUUGUCAUUGCUGGAUAAAAAUGGUUUCAAGACUACUCAAUAGAGUGAUCAUUGUGAGGGAUAGGAUUCGUUUUCACCACUUUGAAGGUGGUAUGUGUUCUUGUGGAGAGUAUUGGUAGCCAAUAGCUGUGAUAUCUGGUAUGUGAUUCUGGUUCUAAUUGAGGUGGAAUACAGAAGCAAACGUAGAAAGACUUGUCAUUGAAGUGAUUUCUGUACGAGCUUUUUGUAAAAAUAUAGAAGCACUUGAAGGAUAACCAAGAAACCUAUGUGAUAUCGAUUAAUGUUCUUCGAUUCCUAUACUUUGUCAUACCCCAUCAGAGUAAUGCUGAGAACGAGCCUUCAGGGUCCAGAUUUAAACCUUGGUUAUCUGCUAGCAAACUGACUAGAG